UGAUUGCCCAACAUCGAUGCAGGCGCGGACGGCGGGAGUCUUUGCCGUCGGACUCAUCGUCCGACUGGCAUGCGUAAUAUGGGCAGAGUACCAAGACCGCACGAUGCCUGUCAAGUACACUGAUGUGGAUUACGACGUCUACACUGAUGCAUCGCGGGAGAUCGUGCAAGGCAACUCGCCCUUUGACCGCACAACGUAUCGCUACACUCCCAUCCUGGCGUUCAUGCUUCUUCCAAACGUACACGUGCAUGAAGCAUGGGGAAAACUGCUGUUUGUUGCAAGCGACAUAGUUGUGGGGUACCUCCUGUACGCGAUUCUGCGGUUGCGCGCCAUGCCCGAGUCAUCGGCGAUUAACUAUACGAUGUGGUGGUUGUUCCAUCCCUUCUCGAUCAACAUCUCGACUCGUGGGAAUGCCGAUACCGUUGUCGUGCUCAUGUGCCUGCUGACCAUUUAUUUUCUGAUGAGAAAGCACCUCGUUGUGGCUGCGAUAUUCUAUGGCUUGGCCGUACAUUUCAAGAUCUACCCCAUUGUGUUCGCCUUGUCGUUCCUCGUCUUCCUCGACGAGGACUACGAUGCCUCCAUCCGGCCUCUGAAAACGACUGCCGGGGGUUUUGCCAAAGCUUGGCACUGGUUGAACCGUCGACGGUUGGCGUUUGGCGUCAUCAGCGGCGGCGUCUUUCUCGGCCUCACAGCGGGAUUCUACUUCAUGUAUGGAUACACGUUCCUGUUUGAAGCAUAUUUGUAUCACUUGACGCGCACGGACAACCGGCACAACUUUUCCAUGUACUUUUACGAUCUCUACCUGCGCUACGGCACGAACAUCGGCUUCGUCAUGGGUCUGCUGGCAUUCCUUCCCCAGUUUCUCACACUGUUCAACAUUUCGCUGCGUUGCGGGAAGGACCUGAUCUUCGCCCAGUUCCUGCUGACGAUCACGUUUGUCGUAUUUAACAAGGUGUGCACUGCCCAGUACUUUUUGUGGUACUCGGUGUACUUGCCGCUCGUGCUGCCCACGAGCGAGCUCAAUGGGUGGCAAGGUCUAGGAAUCAUCGGCGCGUGGUUUGGCGGAGAGUUGCAUUGGCUCUACUGGGCGUAUGGACUCGAAAUGCUAGGCCACAACACAUUUUUCCCCAUCUGGGUGGCGGGCCUUGUGUUCUUCGCAGUCAACAUUGGCAUCAUGGCGCUCUUUAUCUCGAAGCACCACCUCCAUCCGUUGUUUUCCAACGGCAGCGUCGUCGCUUUGGCAAAAGAUUAGUCCCAACAAUGAACGUGGCUCGUCCUCGAUAGAAAAAAAUUGACUAUCAAGACUCAACAAGGUUGUGCUCUAUCACA